CAGUCCUUCGGCCGAGUACUCCCGGCUGGAAUCAGCCCUGUUGGACUGCUGCUGCUCUCUCAUGGUUUUUAUACCGCGACAAACUCGCAACGGUGCGUUGCUCCGACGUCAGAUUGUGGAACGAGCAGGAGUGUUGCAGACGUGUCUGCAUUUCUUGUGGGACACUGUACCCCCCUGUGCACUGGAAUUGGAGGAAGGCACCGCGCUGAAUACAAACGACCCAGAGAUAGCUGCUUUCCUAUCUCUACCUGCGUUGCCUUACGUUCUUCAAGGCCUACGCGCCUGCCUAAGCGGAGAUCAAGACUCGGAAUGCCUAUCUCAGUCGUCAGAUUAUCAAUCGCGCCAACCCGGUCGACCUGCAGUGACGGCGGAUCGGUUGUUACAUCUGUUUCAUCUACUGGAGACAAGCAAGUCAGCUGGUCGCGUGGGUCUUCUGGCCGAAGACAUGCUCACGGAAUGGUGCCCGAGCAAGCAAACCGUAGGCUCACGUUUCAAGCAUCAGGCUCUCGUGGAUUCGCCUCCUCGAAGCGGCACGAUGGCCUCUGUUAUCCAAAGUUUACGCAAGUCCACUUCUUUAAGAACGCGGCGUUUAGCACUUAACAUGCGUCAACGUCAACUGCGAAGCUUGAACAUGCGAGUGGACGAGAAAGGCCAGGUUGCUGUGAUCGAGUCCGAUCGAUUAGCUAAAAUGACUUCAGCACUCACCGAAGAAACCGGUUUGGCUUGCGCAAUUUGCCUCGAGGGCUUCCGUAACGCUCCCCAGGAGGCUUUGGGUGUCUACGUGUACGUUCGCCAAUGCCCGCUUGAGCAGCAGUUGUGUUAUGAGGCGGAACCGGACAAGGUGUCCACAACUUUCCCCGUCCCAAUUCCCAAAGGCUACUCCACAUUGUCCAACUUUGUCGUCGUGCACUUCUCGUGCCAUGCCAAUUCUGUACGGUCCUCUCCGGAGAACCAGUGGGUCGUGGCCCAGCGGCACAAUCGCGAUGCGCGUUGCAAUUCGAUUUUACCUAUCUUAGGGCCACCAACGAACUCUUCCACAGCCACACCAGAGGGCAAAUCGAAGCCGAAAAGGGAACAGCACCCUUCAGCAGAGACGGUCUACGCAGAACACCUGGCCAAUUUCAUGGAUUACAUUAUGCGCACCUUGAAUGUCAGUCCGGGCUACGUGAUGGCGUUACACGACGUAAAGAGCUUGUUAACUCGCUUCGCAUGUAACCGUCAAUUUCACCUGGAGAUCGGAGGAGGUGGACGAGAGAGCAAUUUACAACUGUUACCCCACCUGAUACAGGUUGGCCUCCAUUCGCUGUUAAUGAGUUCGUCCGUCAACCAGAAGCUGAACGAGUUGACCGAGUUUCUCAACACCUCCACAUUUGAUUGGUCAUCAUCCAAUCGUUGCUGGAAUUCUUCCGGUCCUCUAUACUACAUAGUGGCCGCGUUGCAUCUAUGGCCACGUCAAACAUGGCUACGUAAUCGCUUGUCAAUGCUCCUGCGUCUCAUCCAAAUGGCAUGUGGCCGAAUAAAGCACAUGGGACUGAGUGCUGUUCAAGACCCCGAUUCUCGCUUUUUGAACUUUAAACCCUACCUGAUCUUUUUCGCUUUGGUGGAUGCUUGUUACGAAUAUUUGUUCAAGGACGUCCAAUGCACUGUGACGGAUUCCACCUCCUCCUCGAAUUGGUGCUCAGCUCUUUCGCAGUACAUCAGCACCUCCGAUGAGGCAAUCUUGAAGGCCGUCCCACGUCUGCUUACUUUUUACCAGGACGAAUUGCUGUCCAUCUCCAAUGUGGACGCUUUUGCUGAUGUGACAGGUUUGAUGACAGAAAUUCAAGCCAAUGAACUGGCCUCAAGUAUGGAUCUUCCAAGUGUCUGAAUGCGCGAUUCCCGUUCAAAAUGCUACCCUCUUUUCCUUAUCUAUCGCCAUCCCCUAACUAGCUGUCGUCGACGCAUUGAUCCAUCUGGCACUACUUGCCAAACGUCUGUCGAAUGAAUGCAUUCAGAAUCAGAUUGUCCAGUAUUUUGAUUGAUCUCUUGUCUCAGCCGCGCCACUGUCUACCCGUCCUCUGGGAGGACGCUGGUGCACUCUAGUUGGUACCAUUUUGACUUGUUUGCUUCACUAAUCCUCCUCGUUUCGAGUGUUUGCAAUUUAAAGCGGGGCGCCGUAUCCGUACACUACUUCUGUAUUAA